UGUCACGCAAACAAACGUUUAAACCCUUUGAAGAAGAAGAUAAAUCAACCAAUACUUUGGACCCUCAUCACAUUGGCUUGUAGUGUAUGUCAGCGAAUGAAAACAAGACUUUUAUUAUCUAACAUUUAAGUGUACGUUUUCCAUGACAAGUGGAAGAUGUCUACCCGGGCUCUGCGAAGGCUAAAGGGAAAGCAGCGGGGUCAGGAGGCCUUAGACCUCGGGGACCUAACUUCGGGUGACAGCCCGGAGGAGCAGGCUGGAGCCGGGGAAGAGGAGCAGCUGGACCCAGCUAAUGUUUCUCCCCCGGUUGACAGAAAACCCAAUAGCCGAAAGUCGAAGAAGAACAAGGCUCAGAAAAACUUCAGCAACAUUUAUGAACUGAUCUGUGACACCGACAACGAGGCAGAGAAAAUCUCACCUGAUGAAGAGGCAGAGAAACCAGAUGAAAAUAAAACAAGUGGCCCCGAAAAAGAUGAUAACAGAGAUGCUGAGAAAUCAGAGGAAGCCAGUUCAAAGUCUUUGUCUGGAGACAGAGUUAAAAAGAAGAAGAAAAAGAAGAAGACAAAAGUGACAUCAGAAGGUGGACAGGAGGCUGCACCUGAUGAUGACAUUGAUGUAUUACUGCAGAACUUGGAGCAGUCUAAUGGUUUCAGUCUGCAAAAUGAUGAUUGUGGAGGCCCUGACAGAAGAUCAGUGCUACAUGUGGAGCACAGGAAUCUCAACCCAGAGACAGAGCUGAAAAGGUAUUUUGGAGCUCGAGCUGUUCAGGGGGAUCAAAGCCGACCCCGGCAGAGAAACCGGCAGUUUCACCGCAGCACCUGGAUGACCAAUCCGAAAGACAGCUGGCCUCGAUUUAGUCGUCCAGGAAUCUCAAUGACCUUACUGCAGUCAAAGGACGGCAUUCAUUACUUCGCUUUUGAGCACGGCCGGGACUACCAGCAAGUACAGUUCAAGUUUCUGGAUGCUGUUGAAUCCAUGGAUCCCAACAACAUUGUGGCUCUGCUGCAGCUGAAUCCGUACCACAUCGAUUCCUUGCUGCAGCUCUCUGAUGUCUGCCGCAUUCAAGAGGAUCAGGAGAUGGCCAGGGAUCUCAUUGAGAGGGCCAUGUACAGCUUUGAGUGUGCUUUUCAUCCUCUAUUCAGUCUGACAUCAGGAACCAGCAGACUUGACUACCUGAGGCCAGAGAACAGGGCUUUUUAUCUGGCUCUUUACAAACACAUGAUGUUCCUUGAGAAGAGAGGUUGCCCACGAACAGCUUUGGAAUACUGCAAACUGAUCUUGAGUCUGGACCCAGACGCUGACCCACUUUGCAUGCUCCUACUCAUUGAUUUCCUGACGCUGCGCUCAAGAGAGUACCAGUCCCUCCUCCAGUUAUAUCAAGACUGGGAGGUACACAGAAAUCUGUCCCAGCUGCCAAACUUUGCAUUCUCCUCUGCACUUUGCCAUUACCAUCUCAGUCAACAGGAAGAUUUGGAUCCCGAAGAAAGUAACAAACUGAGACACAAAGCUGACGUGAUGCUGCAGAACGCUCUCAUCAUGUUCCCUGGAGUCUUGAUGCCUCUGCUGGAUCUGUGUACUGUGCAGCCAGACGCUACAGUCACCUCACAUGCCUUCUUUGGCCCAAAGAGUCAGAUAGGGCAACCUGCAGCACUGUCUGAGCUGACCUCACUGUAUGUGGGGAGGACCUGCAGCCUGUGGAGGGAGGCAGCAGUAAUGCUGUGGCUGGAAGAGUCUGUGAAAGAGGUGCUGCGUCGAGUUGAUGCCAAAGACCCACUGGUGGAGGACUGUCAGAACAAGAGAAAGCAGAGGUACCAAAGUGCACCGAGGAACAUUCAUCGUCAUGUCCUCCUCUCGGAGAUCAAAGAAGCAACCUCAAGUCUACCUCUAGACGUGACCAGUCAGCCUGUGAUGAGCUUUGACCCUCUGCCUCCACUGGACUCAGUGAUGUCAUACACCCGACCAGAGAGGCAGCAUGUUGGUGCCUCAAAUGAGAGCACACUCUCCCUGUUUUUUCGAUCUUUGCUGCCAAACUUCAACCUCCAGGGUGGACCGAGGCAGGAGGGUGACAUGGAGGUGGCACGAGCUGGCCAGGAGCUGAAUCAGGAGGUGGACCGUCUGAUGGUGGCGAUGAGGGAAAUGCUGGCAAACAUCAGGUUUCAGGAGCCGCCGAGAGAGGACAACCCUUACAGAGAUGAAGAGGAGUGGGACUGAGCGGAGAGUGAUAGAGGUGGCAUUUUAUAUGAGGAUGAAGAAGAAUCCAACAGACAGAGACUUAAUAAAGUAAAGGAAAAACAGAAAAUAUUUAAUGCUGUGUUGUAAUUAAAAUGAUGGAAUGGGAAUGUCAAAUAGUGUAUUUCUAAUUGUAACAACUUCAGGGUACUGAAGUGACCGGAGGAGAUAACUUGUGCACCUCUCUGCUUGUGAUAAUUACUCUUUGGACAUGUGAGCAGAAAACGGAUGCUCAGUGAAACCCAUUGAGUCACUAAGGUUAAUAGUUUUUAUAAUGAUCCUUUAACAGCUCCUGCAGCUUAAGUCAUCGUCAAUUAAGCAGUUGUAAUACACAAAGGACACUACUAUUCUUCCUCUGCUUUCAGAGCAUUCAUCAUGUUCUCAAACAGUGAACAUCUUUGUGAAUGUAGAACAACUGAAACAGUUCUUCUGACAAAUUUAACUUUAAUAGUUUUUUUUAUCUCAUUGAUUUAGACAAACGGCUCUUAUGAAGGAACUGUUGACAAAUCAUUUUAUCACGUUUACUUUCAAAUGGCUCAAAACAUAGAAGCAAUUGCAAAAUGUUCCACAUUUUUUUGCCUUUUUGCCAAAAACUUUAUAGGAGUGUUAUUGGGCUGACAAUAAUUUCAGUUCAGUUUCAUCUUGUUUUAAAGUAGGAAUGUGUGGAACUGCUAAUAUCUACAGCUCUUCUUCCAAGCUGUGACAGUGCUAUGAAUUUGCUUCUCAGCUUUAUCCAAGAAGAAACAAUUUUGCUUCUAGGUUAUUUGUCUGACAUUUGUCAAAAAACAAAAGUAAUGAAGCUGAAAAUGGAAUCACAUUUUCCUCAACUUUGGGCCUGUUGUUUUACUUUUAUGUAAACCAUGUUAUUUCUUCAGGAUGUCUGCUGUGUUAUCUUCACUGUAAUGCCCCCUCCUUCUCUCCUCUCUCUGUUUCGCUCGGUCCGUUUGAGUAGAUUUGCCAAUAUUUCAUUAUUUGUGGCUGACUUCACCCGAGAAAACUCGAGAGGAAAUUGGCCUGAAUUUUUCCAGUUGCCUGCUGCUCUCCAUCAAGUUAAAUCCAGUCAAAGAAUAUGGCAGAAAUUUGAUCAAUUUUACUUAACUGAUUUUAAUAUUUCCUUUGCUCCCAGUCCCAAACUCAUGACCCAAAGGCUGACACAUGGCCAUAACUUUACUUCUGUUAACAAAGUUAAUAACUGUAAUUUCUAACCACCAUCACUUGACUUUAAUCUUUUUCAUCCCCUUUUUACUUUUUGGUUGAGAUUAUAACGGCAGAUUUGCAUUUUAGAGAAUAAUAUGAACAGCUAUCAGUAAACUCUGGAGAUACUGAACAAAUAAAGCUCUACUCUUAUUGUAGCUGUUCACAUA